GUACACAGGUACUAAUCGGUCUCGACCAACUCUCAUCAUCAAAUUCAUUGCCCAUCUCCCACCAACUACACAGCCCUAGUCGGUCUUGAUCGACUCUCAGCAACAAAUUCAUCGUCCAUCUCUCACCAACGUCAUGGCUCUCAACAUCAGCGGUUCCGGGAGCAUGGGAGUGCAAUCUCUCACUGGCACCAUGAUCAAGCACGCACCUCAUAUCCACCACAAGGAUUGCGGGUGCAAGUAUCUCACAAAAACCUUCUUCCACGACCACAAGGGAGUCCCAAAGAGACCCUGGGACACCAAAACUAGCCUGUGGCCGUUCAAGUACAUCGGCAACCAAACAUCCGACCCAUUGUGGCCGGUACGGGAAACUCAACCCCCAAAACACCGAACGACCAAUCCCACCAAGGGAGCCCUGAAGAAGCCUUUGGAGAAGGUUACAAAAGCAGUCGGGUUUGCCGACACAGAUGUCGUCAUUGAGGCCCCGUUACCAGCAGUCCUACCCGCAAAGCAUCGAACCCUGCGUCCCAUCAAGGGAGCCCUCAAGGUCAAUUCGGCAACGCCCAAAAAGGUCGUCGCUUUUACGGAUGCUGCCUACUGCAUGGAAACCGGCCAGCCUGUCCCGCCCACCGAAAACAAUCACCAAGCACAACGCCGCUUCAGGUUCGCCAACAAGGCAUUGCGUGCCACCAAGGUCCUGGCAGACCCGAUCCAGGAAGACGAGCCGCUGCGAAGUCGAGAGCCAACCAAGCGCGAGGCCAUCAGGUUCCGCAACCACGACCUCGAAGUCGAAUGGAACCUCGACGUGGCGAAGCGCACCCGCUUUCGCGAAAACUGGGAGGCCAUCGAACGGGGCGCCCUCGACUUCAUUGUGUUUAUCCACUCGCAAGAGUCGGCAGCAAUGAAGCGAAUCCAGGAGCUGGUGCGACUCUCUGUGAGGGAAAACUGCCUCGUCGGAAGUUACACGGGCGACGAGAUGGCGUUUGCGAAGCGCGCGGUGGAGCCUGCCUUUAUCCACCCAGGACGAUACAAGAAUCCUAAAACCGCCAUGUCGUUUCCCCAGGAUUCACCAGCAGAGAAUGGUACCGGGAUGGGUGAUGAGUCGGAUAUUUCGAGUGUGUAUGAUUAGACGUGCUAUUCUACAUGGUUUUGGGUUCGAGGAGGAGUUGGGACAGAGGCGUUAUUAGGCAAU